AUGAUAUCGUCGUCAGAAAAGAUCUUUCGAGAUGUGGUAGAAAAUACUCGUUUGGGGCAAGACAAAGAGCUAGUACAGCUAUUGAAGCACAACCAAGAGUCGAAAUCUGCAUUGUACGAAGAAGUGGAGAGGCUUAUCCACGAGCUCAACCUCGUGGAGUAUAAAGUGGCUCAACAGACUGGAGAAACAAUAGAAGAUGAAAAAGCGUUUCCGAAAGAGGGUAGUCUGAAGGCACUUCGAAAACCUUUCGAGGAUUGGGACGAGGGCACUGAGAGGCGACUAUCGAAUGAGAUACGGAAUCUCACAAAGGGAGAAACUUCCCCACAGGCGAUUCCUGGAUCGCUUGCUACGGCCAUGAUAAGCAAUAUAAUCGUCAGUUCAAAAGUAACCAAUUUGGAAAACGAGGAAUACACGCCAGUCCCCAAUCAGAAACAGCGAAAAGGGUCCAUCAAGGAGACUUUCAAAAGAUAUAGGGCCAGGCUUCAGCACCCUGAGUUGGCGAUAUCGCACGGCCAGAAGGGCCACAGUCGAACAGCAAGCUCACAGACUGUGAAGGCGUCUCGACGGACAUCCCUUGUUGGCGAAGUUUUACCCGAAUAUAUCCGCAAGCAGCUAACUUUAGAGAGCGAGCCAUCUGCAUCGCUGGAGCACCAAUCACCAGAUAGAAAUCGGAGCAUAUCACCAAACACUCGCUCAAACCCAAGCGAGGGCCACAUUUCUGAUACUCUUGAUGCUACAAAACGAAGGGUUUCCGAAGGUCAUUCAUCGAGACACACCGAUAAUGUAAACUCAUCAAAAAGGCUACAUUCAUGGGAUCUGCGACGAGUAGCUGACAACAAUCAGGCAAGUCGGUUCAAAAACGUUUUGGUCAACUCACAGUCACUCUACGUUAGGAAGGACGAUGAUAGCAUGAAUACCUCUCAUGACAGUUAUGAGUUUGGAGUUUCUGAAUCAGACAAAGAGUACAUCCUGCCUAGUCUGUUUACAAGAUCCAUUGAGGAUAUUCAAGGACACGAAAUGCUUUUCAAUCGUACUGAUGAUGAAGGUGAACAAGAGGACGAAGGUGACGAGGAUGCGGAGGCUAACGAUGAAGACGAUGGGGAUUACCUAUUCAAAACGUGA